AUGGUAUCGGAUAAUGCAGAAAGUAUUUCAACGCCCACUGUGAAUCCAUCCACUAACGAGGAGCUGGCAGAAGAGUGCCGCGAUGAGGCCCUUCAGUCUAUGAGGUCUCUGCGGUAUUGGCAGAGGGGCUCGGGGGCAUACAAUAGCCAGAUAAGGAAGAUUGUACGACUACUACAUCGUGCAGAGCGACAGAGGAGUGACUGGACACCACGAUUAGCUACACAUCAUAUACUAGUAUGGCUGACAGCUCAACUGGAAGUGGCUGAUUCGGUGAGGAGUGAUGUCCGCACAGAGUUGGAUCGAUACUCGGCGCAAUACACCGGUGGCCCUACUGCACAGAGGGCUGCUGCUCACACUGCGAUGGAGCGUACCAUUCGAGUAGCUCGGCAGGGGUAUGAACACCUCUCGAGCUUCUGCUGCGAAACUUACCCUCGAGCGGUUGCGCGGAUAAUACCUGCUAGCUUUAUGCAGCGAUUCAUCAGUCCUGACUAUUGGAUCUGGAUAUGCUGGGCAUGGACAGCGGUACUAUUAACACUCCUACUACGACUAGCCGUUGGUCACCCAUUGCUUUUCUAUUCAUCCUCUUCUGCAUACCAACGACCGUACUCGUCACCAACAGCCCACCGGCCUACGGGCUCUCGUACCACACCAUCUCCAACUCGAAUGAGUUAUACUCCUAGUAGCUUCGUCAUGCUCGGUCCGUUUGUCCUCUUCGGCGACAACCCUAUGGCUUCUGGAUACGACUUUUUCGUCCAUCUACUACUAUUCUUGGGGCCAUUCCUCCUCCUGCGCUACUUAAACAGAAGGCUUCAGUUUCGGCAGUGAUACCAUACA